UACAAAAGUUAUGGUUUCACGCUAUUUGCCAGAGGAGACCCGACUUCGAACUUCUUCUCUUAUCUCGAAAGCUUAGAACAAUCUGUCCAUUACGUUUUUCUUUUGCUUUUUGAUUUUUUGAAUAGCAGAAACAGAAACACGUUUUUGUUGCCCGAUGGCCGAAGAUUUUGCAAAGGCUGUGGAUGACGGGCUCAAGCUUUCGAAGCGGAUAUACUUUGGGAAGGACCGGGCGGUGGCUCCGCCUAGACCGCUGCCGCAGAUGGAGAAGUCGUCUGCCCACGACUAUCUUCCUACGGCGCCAAUGGUCUAUGCCGUUAUAUCAGACCCGGGGAUCGUCGACAACCCUGAUAUACCGAGUUACCAGCCGCAUGUGCACGGCAGGUGCGACCCGCCCGCGCUGAUCCCCUUGCAAAUGAACGGUAUCGAGCUGGUUGUCAACUGCUAUUUGGAUACCGCUUUUGUUCGAGUCAUCGGAUCCUGGCGGGUCCACUGCGUUAUGGGCAGCCGGAGCUGUGAUUGCCGCGUUGCUGUCCCCAUGGGCGACCAGGGUUCAAUUCUAGGUGUUGAGGUUGACGUCCCUAGAAAAUCAUAUUAUACUGAACUGAUUGCGGUGCAAGACAACAAGCAUGUGGAAAGAGUUGCUCGGGAUGAAGAUGGAGGCUUUCUGAAACCACAUAUUUUUACCUUAACAAUACCACAGAUUGAUGGAGGUACCAAUCUUUCAAUUAGACUUUCUUGGUCCCAGAAAUUGUCAUAUAAGGAUGGCCAAUUUUCAGUGAACGUACCAUUUCGCUUUCCUGAGUAUGUAACUCCUGCUGUAAAGAAAAUUUCAAAAAAAGAGAAGAUACAAUUGAAUGUGGAUGCUGGUACUGGAACUGAAGUUUUGUGUAAGACAAGUAGUCAUCCUCUGAAGGAAAUAAGGCGUCAUGUUGGGAAGUUGGGUUUCUUGUAUGAAGCAGAAGUUCUUGCAUGGUCGAAUUCCGACUUUAAUUUCUCAUAUACUGUUUCUUCAACUGAUGUAUUCGGUGGUCUGCUUUUGCAAUCUCCAUCUAUCCAUGAUGUUGAUCAGCGGGAAACUUUCUGUAUCUAUCUUAUGCCAGGAAGUCAAGAAAAUAGGAAGGUAUUCAGAAAGGAAGUGAUAUUUGUGGUUGAUAUAAGUGGAAGCAUGAAUGGAAAGCCACUUGAGGAUAUGAAAAGUGCAUUAUCCGCAGCUCUCUUUGGGCUUAGUUCUGAAGAUUUAUUCAACAUUAUGGCUUUCAAUGGUGAGACUUAUUUAUUUUCAACAUCAAUGGAGUUGGCCACCAAUGAAGCAGUUGACAGGGCAAAUGAGUGGAUUAGCAUUAACUUCAUUGCGGAAGGUGGAACGAAUAUACUUCCUCCCUUGGACAAGAUGGUAUCAAGUAAAUUGCAAAAGAAAACCAAUAUUCAUUGCUUACCUUGCACAAGAAAUAUUCAUUGCUUACAUUGCGGGAGGUGGAACGAAUAUACUUCCUUCUUGGACAAGGCAGUGGAAAUGUUGUCCAAUACUCGUGGUUCUGUUCCUAUGAUCUUUCUUGUUACUGAUGGAGCCGUGGAAGAUGAGAGACACAUCUGUGAUGUAAUGAAAAGUCGCCUAACAAAUGGAGGAUCAAUAUGUCCACGCAUAUACACUUUUGGCAUCGGUUCAUUUUGUAAUAACUAUUUCCUGCAAACCCUUGCAACAAUCUCUGGGGGCCAUCAUGAAGCUGCAUAUGACGUAGGUACCAUCGAAAUCCAGUUGCAAAGGUUAUUCACCAGAGCUUUAUGCACGGUGCUUACUAAUAUAACUAUUCAUGGCUUUGAGGAUCUUAACAAGGUUGAGGUAUAUCCUUCCCGUAUUCCAGACCUUUCAUCUGUAAGCCCAUUGAUUGUUUCUGGAUGUUAUCAAGGAAAGUUUCCAGAUAAUCUUACAGUUAAAGGUCUCAAGGGAGAUUUAACGAAUUGCAUAGUAGAUUUGAAGAUACAAAGUGCAAAAGACAUUCCUAUAGACAGAGUACUUGCAAAACAGAAAAUUGAUCUGCUAACUGCUCAGGCCUGGUUUUCAGACGAUAAACAACUUCAAGAAAAGGUUGCUAAAAUUAGCAUUCAGACUGGCUUUCCGUCUGAGUAUACAACUAUGGCCCUGCUUGAGGAAGUUAAAGUCAGGAAAGCAACAGAACCAGCUGGAGCCAAAAGGAUGUCAAACAAAAGUGAUCCAGAAAAGGUGGUAGAGUUGAAGAAUUUGAGAAAAAUAUUGUUGUAUAGCCUCGGUAUUGGAUUUGGUGACAUAACUGCCACCACGGAAAACAUCCCACCAGGAUAUGGAGAAGCAAAGUUGCCUGAUGCUGCCGAAAUGUUCAUAAAGGCAGCUUCAAAUUGUUGCGGGAGGAUGUGCAGUCACUGCUGUUGCAUGUGCUGCAUCCAGUGUUGCACCAAGAUAAAUGACCAAUGUGCAAUAGCAUUCACUCAGUUGUGUGCUGCUCUAGCAUGUUUUGGUUGCGCAGAGUGUUGUUCAGCAAUAUGUUGCCCUGGUGAAGACGGACACUGAUAAUAUGCCUCAAACUGUAUAUGCAUACACGAGUUGUUUUACAGUAAAUAUAUAAUUUUUUUGUUUCUCUCUGAGUUCUUUUAUAUUGGCUUGCUGCCCAAGUGAUCAGCGUUCUGUAUAUCAGAAAUAUAAGAUCUUCAGGAAUAUUUCCCUCGUAACGGGUUUAUGCUGUUAAUUCAUGGGCUGUAUUUAAACUCUUCAAGGUUAUAUGUAGUGAUCUAGUCUACUGGCAAA